GAUCACCAAGAGAAACUUUUUAAAAUAUCGGACUCUGUAUCUUGUGUUUUUUUGUGUCAAUACUUCAGAGUUUGCUAUUAAAAAUGAGAAAGUGGUUCAAGCUUUCGGACUCUAACUCCUCGGCAAGAACAAGUGUUUUGGAGAGGAGAGAAACUGACGCUUCUGAAAUGUCCACAUCACCUCUCUCUGAUGCGUCACUUGCUUCUGGUGCGACAGCGUCUUCAAACAAUACCAUAGAAUCGUCUCGGAGUAUGCAUUCAUCUUUAGACAAUUCCAUGGACUCGGUUUCCAUUUCUUCCGAAUCUACAGAAUAUUUUUCCAGUUCCUUGAGUGACCCUGAGUGUUUGUCUAAUGUCCCAUGGUCUAUUUAUAAUGUACAAGAAUAUUUUCGCGAUGGGCCAACAUCGCCAUGCAGUACAUCAUCCGCAUCUAUUACCCCAACAUCUGCCUCAGAAUGUCCUUCAAGAUUUCAGCACUUGUAUCUGACGCGAAAUGUCGCCUUCUCCGAGUUGGAUUUAAUAGAUGAGUACAUUAGAGAAUGUCUAAAAAAGGAGAAUCGGCUUUUGAAUGAAGCGAAACGUAAUGAUUCCAAUAUUCCCAAGACUUCCGAGACUUCAAAUAAACUUGGCCGUAGCAAGAAAUCAAGAAAGCGAAGCGCUGACUCUGAUGACUCUGAUGACUCAUCAGAAAGUGAGACUGAAAAUGGUCACACCGAUUCCGAGUACCUUAACACUGUGUAUUACGACAUCCCGUACCUGCCUAAGAUCAAGAGAAUCACAAGUGAAAUGAUGGAGGCGAGCGAUGACAUUGACGGUCUAAUUUUGCUGAAAAAGAUGCACGAUGACAUGCGGAAAAAUUGGCGCUUCGAUCUCUCCUUCAGCGAAUCCAUCAGCUUCAUGCAAAGUAUUAGGAGGCGGUACGCUCCGUUUAUGCCCAGUCUCUCCAGUCACAUUGAAUCUCCUCCCGAUUCCCCUGAGAAAUCCCCCAGAAGUAAAGUCCCCAGACUUUCCAUGGAGGAGGAGUUCGACGUGAUUCUCGACUACAUCAGAGACAAAGAAUCGGAAGAGAGUUGCAGAGUUAUGAAGCUUGCUGCAUCUCAGCGUUCAGGAGUCUUACAAACGAUAGGAAGUGCAUCCAGUACAGGCCUCUUCCUUUGGAGACCCAUUCUUCAACCCAACAAUUCUGCGAACGUAGCCAUGGCAACCAAUGGCGUGUUCGUUAACCCACUGCAACAAACAGUGUCAAGGCCAUCUAAUUCUAAUGGCAGGAGUCACACAGCGGCCCAACAAAGACCUCUGGCAUACGUUCGCCCUGACUCGGGUCAACCCACGGGCCUCUUGCCACACAGUUCAAUGGAAAGAAACGGAAUACAGAAGAAAUUAGAUUUCAUUAACACUGACUGUCAGACUCCGUCAGCGCAACCUGAGUCCCACACAGAGAACUUCUUAGAAUUUCUUCGACAGCCUUCAAGCUCAGUUCGAUUUCUUACGGUAGAGAAAAUGACAAAUAGGCUUUUAUCUUCAUAUGAAUUCAAACCACCUCAGGCUUUAUGUAGACCCACGAGAUAUCCAGCUUCAAUUUUUUCACACACAGAAUGGGCUAUACAUUUAGGCCUAAUUGCCAGACCUCCGGAUAUAAAUACACUUCCCAGAACUUCGGAUUCAAAUAUACUUCCCAGAACUUCCGAUUCAAAUAUACUUCCCAGAACUUCGGAUUCAAAUAUACUUCACAGAACUUCGGAUUCAAAUAUACUUCACAGAACUUCGGAUUCAAAUAUACUUCACAGAACUUCGGAUUCAAAUAUACUUCCUAGAACUUCGGAUUCAAAUAUACUUCCUAGAACUUCGGAUUCAAAUAUACUUCCUAGAACUUCGGAUUCAAAUAUACUUCCUAGAACUUCGGAUUCAAAUAUACUUCCUAGAACUUCGGCUUCAAAUAUACUACCCAGAACUUCAGCUUCUAAUAUCAUCCCCAGACCUCCUGUUUCAUGCAGGCUAGCUAGGCCUGAGGACAGAGAUCCUUUUGACCCAUGAAGUUGUGACCUCGCAUUGAUUUGAAUUCAGGAUUGCUUAUUUGGAGUUCUUAAACUGUUUUUUUUUUAACAGAAUGUCAAAAGUAUUCUGAGAGAGAGAGAGAGAGAGAGAGAGAGAGAGAGAGAGUGGGGAGGAUGAUUGAAAAAAAAAGAAUAAAAUAUAUAGAUUGACAUAUUUUAAUAUUUUUUAAAAUCAUUUUUUCAGAUGUUUAGAAAAACAAAUUAUAUAAUUAAAAUAUUUUAAAAUAUUUUGCAUAAUGUUAAUUAGCUCUUUUUAAAUGUAACUUGCAAUAUUUGUUCUUAUAUUGGCAGUUUGUUGUCAUACCAAUUUAGAAUAGUUGUCUGUGCAAUAAACACUGAUCAACUAAAAUUUUAAAUUGUGUUGAUUGACUUUUACGUUGUCAAUUAAACAGCUUUUAUAGACCAAGUAUUAAAUUAUUUUUAUAUAGAAUAUAAUAAUUCUACAGUCUUUCAAUAUGUAUACCUUACACUAAGAUUUUUAAUUUAAUUUCAGUCAUUCUAUAAAGUCUUUCUUUCUUAUGUCCGAGUAUCUUUGCGUGUGUGCUCGUGUAUGUUAGUGUGCAUGUGUGCUCGUAUGUGUGUUCGUAUGUGUUUGUGUGUGUGUGUGUGUGCGUGUGUGCGUGCGCGCGUUAGUGUUUUAUUGUAAUAUAAAACUUUUUAUUGUAGUCUAUCUGCAUAUCGUGUAAAUAUAUAGCAACCUAUGUAUCCAUGUGCAAUAUAUAAUGGUUGAGACCAAACGUUAAAAUCAGGUUUUCAUUAUUUAUUAAGAAAAUUGUUUUAUGCAUAUUUUUAUGUUUUGUUUCUAUGUACAGAACUCAAAACAAAUGAAAUAAAGUUUAAAAUAAAGCAACUUGUUCUUUAUCAUAUUAUUGUCC